AUGUGUCCUGCUUUCCAGCAAAGCGACUUGGAUUCAUUUCAAGCUUUAUUUCCUGAUGUGUCUAUUCUCUCUGGUCUUGGUCACGAUGCCGACUUCAAUCUAUUGUACGGUAGCCAUUCUUCGGAUACACCAGUGACACGUUCUAUGCACGAUCGCUACAAAGACACAACCACCUUUUAUGGGGACUAUACCUCGUCGCCUGCUGCUGACAGUGAUGGUGGUAGUGGUGGUGGUAGCAGUAGUAGUGGAGAUGGUAUGACAGCCACAGCAAUGCCAGAUGCGAUAUCCCUGCAUGAACAUCAACCAAGUUCAGGGCCAUCCACAUUUCGCCACGACACAGCCUCAUCAUCAUCAUCAUCAUCAGGUGGUGGUAAUGAUAAAGAGGGACCCUUAUUUUCAUACCGAGAAUGGCAUCAGUUACAUCUUCCCAAGGAGAAUGAGCGACGACCUAUCAAGAGGAAACCAGGAGCCAAACCAGGAUUAGUGAAUGGAGGUCGCCAGAUGAUUGAUAGCGUGGAUGGUGUGUUUGCAGAUGAUUUUGGAUCCAUGUUUGAAGCCCAUCAGGGCCAUCCGCCAGCCAACGUCUACAAUGAGAACGAGUAUAUUGAACCAAGUGGGUCACCUGCAGUUUCCAACACCGGCACCAAUGGGAAUUCAGGAGGUGGCAACCAUGCCAACAACCGAUUUGCUGAUAUCCCUGUACAAUCCCUCAAGGAAAGAUUCAAUUAUGCAUCCAUCGAUUGUGCUGCAACAGUGCGUGGCGCCAACAAAGAAGCCAAGGGGGCUCAAUCCAUCUUGUACGAAUCCAAAGAUCAAUACAUGCUCAACAAGUGCUCGGCCAACAAGUACGUCAUUAUCAACUUGUGCGAGGAGAUCCUUAUCGACACCAUUGUGCUCGCCAACUUUGAGUUCUUUUCGAGUACCUUCAAGGAUUUUCGUGUCUACGUGGCUGAUCGAUAUCCAACCAAUGAUUGGAAGCUCUUGGGACAAUGGCAGGCUCGUAACACGAGAGAUCUACAGGUGUUCAAAGUGACUAAUCGGAUUGGAUGGUUUGACAACAUCAAGAUCGAGUUUUUGACGCAUUACGGCCAUGAAUAUUAUUGUCCACUCAGCUUGGUGCGUGUGCAUGGCAUGUAUAUGUGGGAAUACUACAAUUUGAUUGAGAGCCGUGGUUUGGCGGGUGAUACGGACGAGGAUGCUCUUAUUGAGAAAUACCUUUGGCCAAGUGAAGUUCGUGACGAGAUUAUCCAUCCACGUAUCGAUGUCGCCAAUGAUACAGCUCCUAUGCCUGAAUCCAAAGAGGAGGAUCGGAAGCAGCUCCCUAUUAUUCCACCUAUCCCUGAUGAUCAGAUUUAUAUCGUUCCUGAACCACCACAGCGAGAAAUCACAGGUACAGCAUCGAUCAUUAUGGAAGGAGGAACCAAGACAAUGACAACACCAACAACCACCACGACGUCAACAACAACAGCUAGUGCAUCCGUUCCGACAAUACCCUCUUUUACAGAGAUAGCCAUGUCAAGUAACAGCAUUCCAGCUAUUCCAUCUGAACCAUCAAUGAUUGUGGAUGAAGGAGGAGGAGGAGGAGUUACGAAUGAGCAAGUGGAACGAGAUGACGUUAAGGAUACAAGUGGAUUGGAGAUGGAUGAUUAUCAAGAUAAUGGCAACAUGUGCAUGAUUUUACCCCCGACAUUGAAGGAAUCCAUUCAGCGGCAUGAUCAACCCAAGCCAACAUUCCAUCAUGCAACCACGACAUCCUUUGUUGGCCCAUUACCCAGUAAUCAAGCUGAAGAAACAGCAACAGCAGCUAUCAGUCGUGUCAUACCAGUGCCCAAAAUGCCUCACAAGGAUGGCAAUUCUCAAUCCGAAUCCAUUUACAAGACCAUAAUGAAACGACUUAAUGCACUUGAAGUGAACGCGACACUAUCUCAACGUUAUCUCGAUGAACAAAAUCGGAUGCUCAAUGAUGUACUACGCAAUAUGGAGCAACGGCAUCAGGAUCAGCUUAUUAUGCUUUUGGGACGUCUCAAUGACACUGCCAGUAGCAGGAUCGAGAGCAUGCGCUAUCGUUACGAGCAACUUUAUGACGAGCUUCGAUAUCAAUCAGAACGUACUACAAAGGAAAUGACCGAAAAGAUGGCUCUUUUGGCUGAUCAGAUUGCAUUUGAACGACGGGUUUCUAUGGCUCAGUUGGCUGCUGUCAUUACAUUGUUUGUAUUUGUGGCACUCUCACGUGGUACAUUGAGUAUCCUGUCACCUAUCAUGGAAGCACAAGCACAAGAACGUAAACGACGUGAAUCUGCAGAUCACCCAAGCACCACAACAACUACUACAUCUACUACUACGUUGCCUAUUGCACCCAAACCAUUAUCAUCACCAACGCCUCCUUUGCCUGAAAAGAAAGAAAACACGACCUUGAAUGAUAUACCAACGAUCAGCUCACCUUCUGUGGAUGAGGAAGAAGAGGAACGACGUCGUAUACGGCAAGUCGCUACGAUUUCGGCAGCAGAAGACCAUCAUCGACGCAGCUUUAGUGAAGGAGGAGAAGGUGCACCCUUGAUGCGUAGUUGGAGUGAUAUGGGCGUUUCAUCGGCAGAGAGCUUUUCACCAACAACAGAAGAAAGUCGAGACGAGCUUUCGGAUUUAUUACAACGACGCAAACCUUCCUGCAAUGAUGCUGUUGUUCCUCAACAUGAUGAUGAUUUGGAUACGCGAUAG